AUGAUUGCCGGACCCUCUCCUCGUUCCGCCCGCUGGCCUAUUGGGAUAGCAGCCUUCGGGCUUUGCCUGCCCCUUCAAAUUAGAAUAAAGAAUUCCGGCUCGGCCCGGGAAAGCGCUGGCAACAACAGAAAGGAAGGGGUCCAUGUAGCUGCUGCGCCCGCCCCCUUCUUAGUCAAUGGGGCAGCAGAGCCGAUACCUUUACCUUUAUUGGAUCUUUGCACCGAUGCUGAUCUACUCUACUAUUCGAUUUAUUCACGCACGUCAAGCGUGAAGCGACCUGAAGAUAAGGACUACAAGCGGAUCGUCGAUUGGGGAGAUUCUUUAUUGCUGGAACAUGCGUCCAUAUCACUGAUAAAGGAACUACGGAUGUCAUUCUCUACAUGUAAUAUAACUGGAAAGACCAGAUCAACCGGCCGGCAGGCUCAAUCGCACUCAUCUAUUGCUGCGGAUUCGAGAACAGGCAUAGAGGCCUUCGAAGAGAGAUCUUAUAAAGUCAAAAUUGGCUCACACCUAAACGAAACGAAAAGAAGGUCGGAUUCAGCCUUGAUCUUCCUGCCCCUUACUAUAAAGAAAAGGGGGAAUAUCGCCCGGAAAGGAUCCAUCCUCCUCAUUCCUCCUCUUUACGCUACUAUAGCUCGCGGAGGCAUUCCUCUAACUGAAAUCUCCUUCUCUCAUCCGUCUCAGUCUUUACCCACAGGAGAAAGAGGGUCACUUCUAUGGCCAAAGAUCACAUGCCAUAAGCUUCACUACGAUAGGACUUUCCCCUUAGAUGCAUGUCCGCCUAACUUCACCCCAGUUGAAGACCCCACCUUUUCCUCAUUCUCCCACGGGGCUUUUUCCGAUUUGAUAUUGGGAUUUCCCCUGGGAUUCGACCUCACUGCGCCUAGUCAGAAGGGCAUUCGCGGGCAGCUUUCGAGAAGGAAUAAGCGGUCUUAG